AUUAUUCAGUCGUAAAUAAAAAAAAACGAUUUAUUUUUAAUUUAAUUUUUAUUUUCUCUCUCAAAGUUUCUUGGGAGAGCAACAAUGGCGAUGAGGAAGCUUUUAUCGAAGAAACUCUUCAAUAUCACGAAUGUUGCAUCACAGAGUCUUAUGAAUUGUCGUAUAUCAUCGUCUUCAUUAGCCGUACGAACCAGAGUUCCAACGGAUUCAACAGAUACGACCAAAAUCUCACCGGAGCCUGGAGAUUCAACGAUUUCGCGGCGGUUUAUGCACAAUAGCGCUAUGAUUAGGCCGGAGAUUAUGCAGAUGCCGAUUGGAGAGAGUUUGAUUGAGAAACUCCGUGAGAUUGAUGGAAGCAAGGACCGGAUUCGAUUAGACGGACUUGCUCCGCCGGAGAGGGAGACGAGUUUGACGGUGGCGGAUACGAAGAAGCUUCUAAGAGCGGCGCAGAUCGAGAUUGUGAAAUCGAAGCUUAGAGAAACGGGAAGAAGCUGGAUGACGUAUUCGGAAUUCGUUAGCGUUUGUGGUGAAGCUUCUUCAGAUCCAGAUCUCGGAUCUAGAAUCGCGAAGAUGCUUGAUGAUUCAGCAAACGUCAUCGUUUUGGGAGAUUCCGUUUGUAUUAGACCUGAUCAGGAGAAUCAAAAACCUCUGUGUUUUUAUACCAGAGUUACAAAAUCCAUUGAAGGGUUGCUUCCUUUGCCAAAGAUUCAUAACCCAAAUGACCCACGGAGAAUCGAGUUGAAAGAGCUUGAAGCUGAAAAGGCAGUGAUCGAUGUGAAAGCGCACUCUUUGGUGCGGAAAGAACUUUGGGCUGGUCUUGGUUACUUGAUCCUACAGACCGCGGGGUUCAUGAGGCUAACCUUUUGGGAACUCUCGUGGGAUGUGAUGGAACCGAUAUGUUUCUAUGUCACGUCGGUAUACUUUAUGGCUGGUUACGCGUUUUUCCUCAGGACAUCGAAAGAGCCUUCUUUUGAAGGGUUUUACCAAAGCAGGUUCGAGGCGAAACAAAGAAAGUUGAUGAAUGAUUAUGAGUUUGAUCUCGAGAGGUAUGAGGAACUGAAGAAGCUAUUUUGCUCUAAGCCUUCAGCUCAUGUUUCCAAGAUUCUUGGAGCUAUCAAGAAUUAAAUUUUGAUUAGGAAAAAAAUUGCUUAGAUUCAA